AUGAUCAGCCACUCUAUGAGGGACUACUCUGCGGGGGGCAUGAGAGCGGGUACUGCGGGGGCGCGCGGGGCGGGGCCACCAAGCGGUUAUAGCUGGACCCGCGGGGACCACUGCUCACCUCCAGCCUCCCGCGCUCCGGCUCCCCGACGCCCCAAUUCCGGGGCGCGCCCAGACCCAGCCGAGCCGGUUCCUGGCCCGCCCCGCCGGGCGGCCGUCGACGUGAACGCCCUGGCGCGGGACCCGGGGUUACGGGGGGCUCCUGCGAGCCGGCCGCUGCUCGCGCUGCUGCUGCUCCCGCUCCUGCUGCCACCGGCCGGCGCCUGGUACAAGCACGUGGCAAGUCCCCGCUACCACACGGUGGGCCGCGCCGCCGGCCUGCUCAUGGGGCUGCGUCGCUCGCCCUACCUGUGGCGCCGCGCGCUGCCCGCGGCCGCCGGGCCCCGCGCCUGGGACGCCCUCUCCCCGCGGCCCGCCGCCCGCGAUGCUCUCCUCCUGCUUCCCGCGGCGCCUCAGGAGCCGUGGGACACGCGACGCGGGAGCUCCCCGGCUGGGCUCCCCGUCCGUGCGCCCCGGAGCCCGCGCGCCCUGGAACCGGAGCCGCGGUUGGGCCCCCACUCCUGGACCUUCGCAGAGCGGGCCAGAGCCUUCGGAGACACGUCUCCCGCCCAGCCAUGGCCGCUGCAGCAAACCGCCUUCGCCGGCCCCGCCUGGCCGCAGGGUCGCCCUGAGAGCUUCCCCUACCCGCCGCGCCCCCGCGCCUGA